AUGGACUUAGACAGUCAACUUAGUCCGAAUCCAAGCAAUUCAGACACCAAUAACAACAGCAAUGAUGAGAAUGUCAUAAAUGUUGCCAUAGUGGGGACUGGCAUGGCCGGGCUGUGUGCUGCCUGGUUACUGUCCUCCACAGGUAGACAUAACGUUACAGUUUACGAUAAGAGUAUUGAAGCAGGACUUGGUUCACAUAGCAG